AUGAAGUUGAAAUCUGCGGUUUUCCUCGCGACUGUUGGCCUAGCCACGGUCACUCUCGCCCACCCUGGCCACAACGAGCUGGAACAUCGUGACCUGGGCGUUCAGCAAUUCAAGCAGCGAGUUCGCCGGGACUUGGCCAGUUGCGCAGAAAAGCGCGAGCUCUCUGGUCUCAAUUCCCGUGCCGAAGCUCGCCGCAGAGCCACUGUGGACAAGUACCGCCGUCAGCUGAAGUCCAGGCGGGACACCACCACCAUCCUUGAUACGUCUCACUUGUACACAGGAUCGGACAUCACAGUUGACAGUGAUGAUAGCACGGUCUUCUCUGAUAGUGGGACAUGCGUGCUCAACCCCGAGGGUGAAGUCGGUCCCUUCUAUGUGCUGGGCGAAUUGAUCCGAGAGGAUGUGCGCGAUGACGAAGAGGGAAUUCCGAUCGUUAUUGAAGCUCAGUUCCUGGACGUCAGCACCUGUGAUCCUAUCGAGGGGGCCUACUGGGACAUCUGGAACUGCAACUCGACUGGAGUAUACUCCGGUGUUGUUUCCUCCGGCAACGGCAACACCGCAGACACUGGCAACCUAAACAAGACCUUCCUCCGCGGUGUCCAGGCGACCGACUCGGAUGGAGUCGCGACGUUCGAGUCCAUUUUCCCCGGCCACUAUUCCGGCCGUGCUACCCACCACCACGUGGUUCUGCAUCUGAAUGCCACAAUCCUCUCCAACGGUACCCUGACCGGUGGUACAGUCCCCCAUAUUGGCCAGCUGUUCUGGGACCAGAGCUUGAUUUCCAUUGUCGAGGCUACUUCCCCUUACAGCACCAAUACAAUUGAAAUAACUACAAAUGCCGAGGAUCGGGUGUUUCUCGUCGAGACGGAGGAUAGCACCUCGGACCCUGUGUUCGAGUAUGUUUAUAUUGGUGAUGACGUGUCUGAUGGCAUCUUUGGUUGGGUCACUAUUGCGGUCGACACGACGGCAGAGUAUACUCCGACCUACAGCUUUGAGUAUACCUCUUCUGGUGGUGAAGCUGUGAGUAGCUCUUCGAGUUCUGGCUCUGGUUCCGGCUCCAGCUCCGGCUCCGGCUCUGGUUCGGGCUCUGGCUCUGGCUCUGGUGGUUCAGGCAACGCUGGCGGAGCCGGGGGGGCAGGAGGUCACUAG